AUGAUGCACAUCAUCACCACCACGAGGAUGUGCAUGCGCACCACCACGAUAUACACUCCCACUCCCAUUCUUCGCACUCGUCGGAUCCCCAUCGUGGCCAACCUGCAUCAGCCCGAUGGCUACAACUAUGCUGCACCAGCACCACCCAAGCCGGAAUACUUGCCACCACCAAAGCCCAGCAACACUUAUCUGCCGGCCGCAAAGCCUGCAUCCAAGUAUCUGCCACCUAAGGUAGCACCCACUUUGCCACCACCGCCACCACCGCCAGUGAGACAGCCCAAGCCAGAGUACUUGCCACCACAGAAACCACGCACCAAAUACCUGCCUCCUGCUCAACCUGAGACAAAGUAUUUGCCUCCUGCUCAACCCGAGACGAAGUAUCUGCCUCCUGCUCAGCCCGAGAAAACUUAUCUGCCCGCAGCUGCACCUCCAGCAAAGUACUUGCCACCCAAGAUUCCACCAAGUCUGCCACCACCACCACCCCCACCAGCACCUAAAGCCACCUACUUGCCACCUGCCGAGCCAAAGACUUCUUAUCUGCCUCCUGCUGAGCCCAAGACUUCUUAUCUGCCGCCUGCUGAGCCUAAGGCCAACUAUUUGCCACCUCCAGCUCAGCCGGAGUCACAUUAUCUGCCACCCGCUCAAUCGGAGGCUCGUCAUGCACCAGAAGAGGUCAACUUUCACAUUCCCAUCCCCUCCUAUGCACUACCGCUGAGUGGUUCCUCAAAUCUGCCUCUGCCUGGUGGCGAUUCGGGUUACCAAUACAAUCAACCACAGCGUCGCUUCAAGUUUUAA